AUUUCCUCCAAUCCCCAUAUACUUUUUAAUGUUUCCCACUUUUUUUCAUUUUAAUUAUUCACAAACCCCUUUUAUUAUUUUUCUUAUUUUUGUAUAAAGAAAAGUUUUUUUUUUUUUUUUUUCGCUCGCUUCUUCUAAAGAUUUGAUUUUUAUUUAUUUUAAAAAAAAAGUUCUUGUACUUGAAUGAUCGCCGGCGAUGCCUACGCCGGUUAGUGUCGCCAGGCAAUGUUUGACAUCCGAGGCAGCCCACGCGCUAGAUGAAGCCGUGGCCGUCGCGCGCAGACGAGGACAUGCUCAAACGACGUCGCUUCAUGCCGUUUCGGCUUUGCUUUCUCUACCUUCGUCCGCUCUGAGAGACGCAUGUGCUCGUGCUCGAAACUCUGCCUACUCGCCUCGCCUUCAAUUCAAAGCUCUGGAGCUCUGUCUCGGCGUUUCGUUGGACAGAGGGACUUCGACCCAACUGGCCGACGACCCGCCCGUUUCAAACUCGCUCAUGGCGGCCAUAAAGCGUUCCCAAGCGAACCAGAGAAGGCAGCCCGAAAAUUACCAUCUGUACCAUCAGAUUCCUCAGCAGUCUUCUAUUUCCUGCGUCAAAGUGGAGCUCCAGCACCUCAUCUUGUCGAUUCUCGAUGACCCGGUUGUCAGUCGGGUUUUCGGUGAAGCUGGUUUCCGUAGCUCCGAAAUCAAGCUCGCUAUACUACGCCCUUUCCCACAGCUGCUUAGAUACUCCCGCUCGCAAGGACCCCCUAUGUUUCUCUACAAUUUGACCGAGUACGGAACCGGGUCGGGGCGUCGGGGCCCCGUUAUCUCUUUCCCGGGUUUUCCGGGGUUCUUUUGCGAUGGGGACGAGAAUUGUAGAAGAAUAGGGGAGGUACUCGAUAGGAACAAAGGGAGGAAUCCUCUGCUUGUGGGUGUAUGCGCUUACGAUGCGCUUCAGAGUUUCACAGAGGCACUAGAGAAGAGAAAAGAAGGUGUUUUGCCUGUUGGGUUGUCUGGUUUGAAUAUAAUUUCCAUUGAACAAGAUAUUUCGAGGUUUGUCACUGAGGAUUUCGAUGAAGGGUCUCUGAAUUCGAGGUUUAGUGAGGUGGGUCUGUUAGCAGAGCAAUGUUUGGGACCUGGGUUGGUGGUGAAUUUUGGGGACUUGAAGGCAUUUGUUGGAGAGAAUGGCAGAGGUGGAACAGUGAGCAAUGUAGUUGAGCAACUCACUAAAUUAAUGGAGGAUCAGGUUGGGAAAAUAUGGUUGAUUGGUGCUGCUGCUAGCUAUGAGAGCUACUUGAAGUUUGUGAAUAGAUUUCCAGCUAUUGAAAAGGAGUGGGACUUGCAGCUUCUUCCUAUUACCUCUCCAAGAUCUUCCAUGGCUGAAUCAUAUCCCAGGUCAAGCUUGAUGGAGUCAUUUGUUCCAUUUGGCGGCUUAUUUUCAGCACCCUCUGACUUAACGUUACCUGUAAGUGGUUCUUUCCAAUGCCUUCCUCGCUGUCACCAAUGCAACGAAAAGUGUGAGCAAGAAGUAUUUGCUCUUUCAAAGGAAGCUUUUACUACUUCAGUUGCAGAUCAGUACCAAUCUAGCUUGCCUUCUUGGUUGCAGAUGGCGGCCUCCCUUGGCUCUAGCAAAGAAUUGGAAGGGAAGACCAAAGAUGAUAGAGUGGUACUGAAUGCCAAAGUUGCAGGAUUGCAGAAGAAAUGGGAUAACAUAUGCCAACGUCUUCAUCACAGUCAAUCAUUGCCUGAGGCAAAAUUGUUUCCUACCAUUGUGGGCUUUCGUUCUGCCGAAAACAGAAAGGAUGGUGCUGAUAACCCAGGCAGCAACAAGGCAGAUAUUUCCUCAGAUGAAACCAGGUGCAUGAAUGUGAAUUCAUGCAUGCCCACUGGUAUGGAUAAGAUUUCUGAAUCACAAAAAAGCAUUCCUUUUUCUGUAGUUUCCAAGCCUAAGAACCGGAGUGUCUUAUCCGAAUUAUGGGAAAAACCUUCCAAAGAUGAAGAUCUUGAAUCAGGUGGAAUCAGGUCACCUUGCAGCUUGUCCAAUUCAAGUGUGGAAGAUGGCAGUCGAACAUCUCCUGCAUCUGCAACUUCAGUGACCACAGAUUUAGGAUUGGGGAUAUCCUCUUCUGGUUGUAAUAAGGUGAAAGAGCCUCAAAAUCUUAAAAAUAUGGAGCAUCAACGGGACAUCUCAAGCCGCUUUUCUUCAAAUGUUGAUUUAGUUAAUGGGUAUAUCUCAAACCAUGCAGCUCAACCUCCAUUAUCAUCGAGUCCUGACAAUCACGAGCAGGUUGAUCCAAGAGAUGUUAAGAUGCUUUUUAGAGCUCUCUUUGAGAGAGUAGGCUGGCAAUGGGAAGCCAUAAGUGUCAUUAGCCAAACAAUUGCCUGUCAUCGAAGAAAAAGUGAAAAAUGCCAUGAAUCAAGCUACAAAGGCAAUAUAUGGUUAAAUUUUAUUGGACCUGAUAGGUUUGGUAAGAGGAAAAUUGCAGUUGCUCUUGCUGAGUUAUUAUAUGGGAACCGGGAAAACUUUAUCGAUGUGGAUCUGAGCUCUCAAGAUCAAAUGGUUGGUUCGGGAUCAAUCUUUGAAUGCCAAUAUAUAAAUGGUUAUGAUGUAAAGUUUAGAGGUAAGACAGUUGUUGAUUAUGUUGCUUGCAAACUGUGUAAGAAAUCCUUGGCCGUUGUCUUCCUUGAAAACGUAGAUAAGUCUGAUGUACUUGUUCAAAAAAGUUUGUCCCAGGCCAUUUUGACUGGUAAAUUUCCGGACUCAUAUGGAAGAGAAGUCAGCGUCAACAACAUGAUAUUUGUGACAACUUCGACAUUCUCAAAAGGUGACAAUAUACUUGAUUCCAGGAAGGAACCCUCCAGCUACACAGAGGAAAGAAUCUUAAGAGCAAAAGGAUGGCCGGUGAAGAUUAAAAUCGAACAUGCUAUUGGAGGCAUUAGUGUAAGCCAGAACCAGAUGGUUACGGAUACAAUAAGAGAAGCUGUUUCCAGCCCAAUCUUGGUGAAUAAAAGGAAGCUCGUUGGUGUCAAUGAGUUUCUAGAGCAGCAGGAAAUCUCCGAGACACCCAAACGGGCUCACAAAACAUCAACUGGGCAUCUGGAUCUGAACCUUCCCGCUGAGGAUGAUGAAGUACAACAGACAGAUGAAGGAAGCUCUGAAAGUGACCCUGCCUCAGAAAACUCAAAGGCGUGGUUACAACAGUUGUUUGAUAAGGUAGAUGAAACAGUGGUUUUCAAACAGGUUGAUUUCAAUGCACUUGCUGAGAAAGUUCUUAAGGAGAUAAAGAACGGCUUCCACAAAUUUGUUCCCUCAGAGUGUCAGUUAGAGAUCGACUCGAGAGUCAUGGAACAAUUGCUUGCAGCUGCAUAUUUGUCAGACAGAUAUGCAGAGGUGAAAGAUUGGGUGGAUCAAGUUCUUAGCAGGGGAUUUGCAGAAAUGUCAAAAAAGUACAGUCUCACUGCUUGUUCUAUUGUAAAACUUGUUAGUUGUGAGGGCCUUUGCUUGGAGGAAGAAAAAGCUCCAAGAACUUUACUUCCACCUAGAAUUAUAUUCUAAACUGAUAUUUUAGGAAAUCCUUAUUUUUGUAAGUAGACUGUAUAAUGUUAGCAGUUAGAUGUAGUAAGCCAUGUUGAGCCUGUUAAUCCCAUAAUUUUGUUGGGCCUUUGUCAGGUUAUGUUGUGCAUGAUAUGUAAUCUGCAGCUAGUGUCAGUGUGAUUAUUAUGGUUGUUGUGCUAAAUAAGCUGUUUCUGCUUUUGUUAAUAUAUGUUUCUCAAUCUAAUGCCUCGUACAAACUUUUUUCUGAA